GUGUAAUCAGAAACACAUAAUUCCGACAGUGGCAUUAUGUCAAGUUUGACCUUUACCUCAGGGCCGCCUGACAUCCACUUCCCCCCCCAUAAAACAAAACAAUGACAAACGAUUUAAAAUGAAAUAUGAUCGAGGAAACACCCUAAAGCUACUCCACAUAUAAACAUUGACUUUCCUCUAAAAAAAAUGGGUUGAAAUUAUGGGAGAUGCAUGUGCCAAACUAUUCCAGUCCUGAACGAUCUGCUUCUCAAAGUCAUUGUGCCUGCUGCCUGGAUGAAAAGCGUGGCAAACAUGCUUAGGCUGAGCCCUCAGUCACAUGCCCUAUGCGGGUUACUUUGAAAGUCUUUCUCUCUUCCAUUUAGCUAUCUUACACUCCGACAAUGGAGAAAAUUAAUUCCUGGGAACACUUUAGUUUGAGAUCAAUAGUCAACAGAGAAUAUAUAUGAUGCUCUACAUACAGAUCAUAAAAUACAAGAUGUGUCUAAAUUGAAUCAUCCAACAACCAAUAUGAGGCUAUUUUCUGUUUUAAGUCCAAGUUCAUCAGGACACUGGUAUGCAGCGUUAUUGAUUUAUGGCUUGGCAAUGCUGCCCUUCAGUGGCAGCUGACUAGAAUCACUUUUUUUUUUCUGCACGACUUGGAGGAAUGAAGCUGAUCAUGCUGAGGAUAAAUGGACUGUGGUGCAGUGGCAGUGAAUCAACAGAGGAAUGUAGUAGUAGAUGCUCUCCUCCGUCUAGUAAUUAACUUCAUGCAAGAAACAUUUUCAAAGUGAUGAAAUACCCUUUUCUGAUGUCCACAAAAAGUCAUCCUUCUCCAUUACUUCCUUCCACAAUAGCAAAACGAAAAACCGGCAAUUACUCAGUGUAUGUCAGCGUGAGCUCAUAUCAUGAAAGAGGCCACCUCUGUGUAGGUCAGGCACACGCAAAUGUCAGGUUUUGUCCUGAAGAAAUAGAGACAAAUGUUAUGAGGCACUUGCCCUGAAAACUAAUCUAAGCCGACGAUCCAUCAAGCCAUGAAGUUUCAGCCGGCACAGUGCAUCGGUUUCAUCAUCCCGAGCCUCAAGGACAGACCGAUCCACGGGCUACCUCUGGUUCCUUGCUUCAGAGAUCAAAGUGUCUAACAUCUGAAAGGAACAAACCUAAGGUUGGCUUUGGAUGUCGGAGCCGUGGAGACCGCAGUGCCACAUUCAAUCUUGUUAAAGCAUUGUCCUGACUUUUGGGUAACAUAAAUGUCAAACUAUUCCCCGAGUCCGGAGCUGAGUGACACGUGUUUAGAGUAUUUGAUGGUGUUGUACACAGAGCGGUGCUGACCUCACCGUGACAUUGACGCCCGUUCCAGGCCGGCUAUCACACUGCCGAGCCUGACAGGGUCCAGAUGCAAUUAGAAACAAUUAUGUAAUAUGUAGUCUGUUUGAGAAUAUCAUUUGCGACUCUUUUCAACUCUUUGAUUAUGUGAUGGAUUCAUCAACCGCCCGCUCUGUUCCAAUAACAACGCCGGGCAGUAUUUACCAGGGUUUCCAAUCAAUUUCCUCACACGGGACCACCGCUCCGUGUGCCACCCACAAAACAAAACCAAAGUGCCAAACAAAGCACACCCAUGAAAAAUGGAGCGUCCCGAAGCCUGAAACACAUAAAGCGCACGCAUAAACAGUCUACGGCAUUCACACUCACGUGAGGAUUCACACUCGCGUAGCAGAAAAUAAAUCACCGGAGGAGAAGGUCACGGAAUGUGCCCGGUAAUAGUCACACAACAAAAAACUAAAACUGUAUAAAGAAGAGAGUUGGCCUCUCUCACAUCAUCCUCUCGUCAUCAUAAGCAUCCACCGGGGCGCUGCAGUGGCCCGCUCUGUCCGGUAGGUGUCGCUCGACUGCUGCACCUGGUGCAGCCGGCCCCACAGGAACCUCUGGCCCGGGCUCGUAAUUGUCGCCCAGACCAAUCGCGAGGGAGGUGGGCGGGUCUCCACUGUUACUACAGAUACCCGAGGAAGUUUGCACAGCGACCUGCCGCCGCCGCCGCCGCCGCCGCACCACCUAUGAGUCUGACGAAUAGCCGCGGCCCGCGCGAGACCGACGAGCCGAGUAUGCCGAGAUAAACGAGCGUCUGACUCGCGCACCGUCCCGACAAUGGCCUGCGACGGUUCACCCGCAGGGGACCUCCCGGACAAAGUGAUGCCCCGAGCGGCGCCCUGCACGUGCGGCAAGAAGUGCAGGAGCGGCCGCAGCGGCAGCGUCGUCUUCCUGGGAUUAUUCCUGCUGUCGCUGUCCCUGCACGCCGUCACCCUCGUCUGCUACUUGGACCUGCGCUCCGAGGUCAAACGGGAAAUUAUCCUCCAGAAGCGGGACUCCAUGUUGACACUCGCCGGCGGCGACCUGGCUGACCCGGCGGCGCUGCUCUCGCUCGGCCACCCGCGACCGGACCCCGGCCGAGGAGGAGGAGGAGGAGGAGAGGGGCAUGAGGAGAGGUUACUACACAGAAAUAGUGACUCCCGCGCCACAGAGGAUAGCAGGGGCAUAACUCAGCGAGCGAAAAGGAGUCCCGGCAAGCAGCCAGAGACUGAAUCGACUGGAAAGGAAAGAAGGAAAGAGAGGAAAAAAGGGAAGAAAAGGUCUGUGCCGGGGCCCCCUGGUCCCCCUGGUCCCCCAGGCCCACAGGGCCCACCGGGCAUCCCCGGAAUACCUGGUAUUCCAGGAAGCAUCGGUGUGGGGCCUGCAGGACCCCCUGGACCUCCAGGGCCACAGGGACCUCCGGGCGCUCAAGGUCCAGCAGGAGUUGUGGACAAAACAAAAACAAAGGAAUUCCAGCCUGCAGUGGUUCACUUGCAAGGGCAGGAAACAACCAUCCAAGUGAGAGAAGAUCUGUCUGAAGGCAUCCUUAGGAACUGGAAGAUGGUGUCCAUCCAUCACCGAGUGUUUAAAAUGCACCCUCGCUCUGGAGAGCUGGAGGUGCUGUUGGACGGUGUCUACUUCAUAUAUAGUCAGGUAGAAGUGUACUACCUCAACUUCACCGACAUUGCCAGCUACGAGGUGAUGGUGGACUCCAACCCGUUCCUGCGCUGCACGUGCAGCAUCGAGACGGGCCAGCGCAAGUUCAACACCUGCUACACGGCUGGGGUGAGCCUGCUUCGCGCUGGCCAGAGGAUCUCUAUACGCAUAGUGUAUGAGGACACGCUUAUCAGUAUGACCAACCACACCACCUUCCUGGGAAGUGUCAGACUUGGAGAGGCUCCAUCUGCUGGACAGAACUGAUAACUACACAGCCACCAGGCCUCUGCAGAAAUGGGAAAAACACAAUGGUCAAAUCAGUCCAGAGUCACACUGUCAUCUCAUCCUGCCUGAUCUAGGAUCUAUGAAUUUAUAAGAACUGUUUUUUAGAAUCAACUUCUAGGCACUUACAUCCUCUAGGUCAUUAAAGUUGAGGAAGCCCCUUGGUGACUUUUGUUCACUUUCACAGCUCUGUGUUUAAAUCACAAUGUAGACUGUCAUGCAUCAGCAUCGGAUAAGAGUCUCUAUUUAUAGUCACCAUGUUGUGUCUAAACAGACAGCAUCUCUCUUUAUAACAAGGAGUGACACACUCCUCUGACUGAUACUUAAUAUUUACAAACCUUUCAGUGCUGUUGAAUGAUAAUCUUGUAUCUCCAAAAACUAUUCGAAAGGUUUUAUUUGCAGUUUGUAUACUUGGCCUUUUGUGAUUAAUUUAAUUAUAUUAACAGUUGUAAGGGAGUGGUUUCAAAGGUUGUUGGGGUUUUUUAGCUCCACCUGCCCCUGGGUUAUGAAAAAUAAUAAAAAGAUCAUAUAAAUGUUCAAAGCAAGUAUAAAGGUACCGAUGCAAAGCCGAGAAAAAUCCAUUAAAAUUGGAGUUAUAAGGUCUUCAAAGAGAAACAGCACUAUAUAUUUUGCGCACAUUUGCACUACAGCAUCCCUGCAGAAUAUCAGUGAUACCUGUAUGUUUUGUUACAGUGCUAUUGUUUAGUUACCAUAUGAAUGAAUCCAUGUGGAAAAAAUCUAAUUGUUUAUACGUCUCUGUACAUAUUGUAUAUAAAAUGGGAUAUACUUUUGUAAAUGGAGUUGAUUGAUGGAUUAAAAUGUUUCAUUCUCUGUCUUAA